CUGAUAUCUUUCUACCUUGUUUACGACAACGUUUUGCCUUUUACUUAAACUUCUGUUUUGUAUAGUAUUAGGCCGUGGAAUUACGCCGGUGAUUGUAAUUUGUUGGGCGAUAUCACACCGUUGUUGCCUAUCGCGAUGCCACGUCCUAAAGGUGGGAGCACCCCGCCUUCCAAGCAUCUGCUGCGCCCACUCUUUCGCGACAAGAAAAUUGAAACCUUGUUUGUGACAACUGCAGGCGUAGGCACAAAACCGACGAGCGAUUGGACUGACGAGGCUGGCAAUCUAUGGUUGACCGGAAUUCAGACCCCUGGUAUUGGGCUAUUUUCUUACGAGCAUGGCAUCGGCAGUUCAGACACCGGAUUUUGGCAUAGCCUCCUUGAUCAUGGGCAACAUCUGUUGAUGUCCAUUAUAGUUUUGGUCGAGAGCCAGCAUCUUCAGCAUUGUCCCAUAAUUUUGAUUGGACAUAGUCUGGGAGGCUUCAUUGUUAAGGAGACACUUCGUCUGGCGUAUGAGCGUACAGAACAGCAGUAUAAUUCUUUCAAGAAGUCCCUAGCAGGUGUCAUUCUGAUGGGUACCCCUCAUUCUAUAUCCGAGGAAGAAGAAAAAUGGCAGAAAAUUGCUCUUCUACCUCAGGUGGCAAGUUUAGGUUUCAAAGCACAGUCUCUAGACAAAGACACAAUUAGGAACCUAGCUCAGAGCUCGCUAGCAUUUGAUCAGGGCGGAGUGGUAUGUCCGAUACUGACGGUAUGCGAAAAACGUGAGACCAAAUUGAAGCAGUUCUUUGGCUCCAAGAAAAUCAAGCUCGUGGAGAGGGACUUUGCACGUACUGGAAGCAGAGACGAAGAGAUCAUUGAGGUGGAUUCGAACCAUAGAAACCUCUGCAAGGUUUCACACGAUACGCGAGUGCAAACGUUCAUAGCAACUGCACUCGAAGACGCACGUCUACGUAUAGCAAAUAACUCGCCACUUUCCGGUGUCGAGAUAGACGAACUCGAUGAGCACGGAUACGAUCUCAUGGAUGUCAGCUCGAAUCCAACGACGUCACAUCCACCCCUCACUUCUUCAGCCACAGCCGGAUCUUCGGGACUUGGAUUUGAGCUCAUUCCAAUGAUGUCCAAUGUGAAACUCGAAUCAACUAGACUGCCUUGCUAUUCCAUCCCCGUCGCACAGAAUAAAGACUUUUAUGGGCGACAAGACAUCAUCGACAAGAUGGAUGCCUUCUUUCUCGCGCCAGGUAUACCGCACAGGAAAGACGGAGACGCCUCUAGGAGCUUUGCACUUUGCGGUCCAGGUGGAAUGGGCAAGACGCAGAUUGUAACAGAAUAUGUUCACCGAUGUAAGAAGGCGAAAAUAUUCGAUGCAAUAUUCUGGAUCUAUGCGGACAAACCUUCGAAGGUAUCAGAUGGCAUUGCACAAAUUGCUAUAAGCUUGGAUCUUGUGGCAGCCGAAUCAAACGAAGCUUUAGAUCCGGUCAUAACGACAAAUCUGACCAAGGAAUGGCUAUCUAACCCGGCUAGGUUCAUUGAUGCGACGGACGAGCAACAUCAGAUCCAGCCUACCUGGCUCUUGGUUCUGGAUAAUGUCGAUGAUGUUCAGGUCGUGGAAGGAUUCUGGCCUAUCGAAGGGCCUGGUUGUAUCCUUAUCACCAGUCGAGAUCCUUUGGCAAAAGAAUCUAGCGUUCUGGCUGAUACAGGCUACGAUGUCGAAUCUUUCAGCUCUGAAGAAUCCAGUCUUAUGCUUGAAAUGCUUACCAAGCGUGAAGGUAAUGGACGUGCCGUAGGAGAUAGGCUUGGGGGUCUUCCGCUCGCCAUCGCACAAAUGGCGAGUGUAAUCAUUCGGAAUCACAUGAGUUUUGAAGAAUUUGUCGACGCAUGGGACGAAAACAAGGAGCAUCCAGAAUACCUUGGGUAUGAUAAAAAGCCGGGCCAUUUGGACGGAUAUGGCAAGAACCUCUCAACAGCGUGGGCUAUCGAAAGCCUCCGGCAUGGUAAACCCCUACUAGAGAUUAUUGCCUUCUUUGACCCCGACGGCAUACAGGAGGUUAUUCUCAAACAGUAUUCGGCGAUCACACUGGACGAGUAUCCCACAGCACAUAGUGCUUACCUGAAAGCUCGGAAAGAACUCAUACAAACCUCACUUGUAGCCAAGGACCGUACGGAGAAAAGUCUGUGCGUCCAUAGAAUGGUUCAGGACGUUACCCGCUCUAAGAUGAGUAAAGAGAAUUACCACAAGGUUUUCACAGCUGCAGUUCGUCUCCUAGUCCAAGCCUGGCCAUUCGAAGAGUUUGGGUGGCGGCACGGUGUCGCGCGAUGGCGAAAGUGCGAGGAAAUGUUCCCCCAUGUCCUGAGCCUCAAAGGUUACGGGUCCCGUGUCAUCGAGGCAGUCGACAAUACCGAUACUAAGAUUGAGUACUGUAGGCUCAUGAAUGAUGCCGGAUGGUACUAUCACGAGACUGGGCACUUCGUCGAGUCCCAAGCUCUCAUUGGACACUCCCAAUCGGUUGCAGAAGCAACGAAAUUGACACUCUCGAAAGUAACUACACACAACGUUCAAACAAAAAAUGUGGAAAAGCAGUUGGCUACUCUUUUGGCUGAAACACAUCACAAUUUGGGUUGCAUUGGAACAGAAAGUAAUCAACCCGAAUUUACGCUCUCACACUUCAGCGCCUUCAACGAAAUGAUGGUCGCAGAAAUCGAUGACCAUAUGAAAAAGACCGACAAUCGACUCGCCAUUUCUUGGAACGAACUCGGAAAUGCGUUUAUGAUGAACAAGAUGUGGGUGGAAGGGGAACGCUGUUUCAAGGAAUGUCUCGAAGUAGCGCAGCAGAUGACGAGUUUCGCGCCCGCAGAAUUCUCAUUCCCCUAUGUCAACCUUGGCUUAGCGUAUUGGCUGACGGAGAGAUUUGUUGCGGCAAAUGACAUUUUAGAAGAGGGCUUGCGGUAUAGGGUUGCUGCAUUUGGUCACGAUGACCGCCAGUCCUUUAUAACCGGCCGCUUUUUGUAUGCGCUUGGUAAUGUUGCGGCCUCACAAGGUGGAUGGAAUGAAAGUCUUGCAUACCAUGAACGGGCGCUUCGUCAGUUUCUCUCAACCAUUGGUAAAAACCACCACCGCACGGGUGACAUUCGCGUCAAACUCACAGAGCAUUAUAUUCGACUAGGUAGCCUGAAGGAAGCUUGCGUGCACAUUGAUGAGGCGUUGAGAAUAUUCAGUGAACGAGUGAUCUUUCGGCCAGAAUUCGCACGGGCAAUGUUUUGGAAAAGCAAGUUGCUUGAGGCCAGCGGUGAUAGUGACGAAGCGCGCAAGCUGUGGGGCAAAAGUGUGCAGAUGUACCUUGAAAUCACUCACAGGGUAGUGCAAGGCAACAUCGAGCCUUCGGCGGCAGAUUUUGAUGGCGUGAUAGCCUUUUGGUCACGAUAAUCUGUCGCAGUAUGCUAUUCGGCGCCUACUGAAGGGACUGGCCAAUACCGCUGCCGUAUUCCAUGAUCUUAGUUUACUGUGGAGCCACAUGCGCGUUAACAUCCUUGGCG